AUGGCCAUUGGCACGAGUUUCGUGGUCACCAAAAAGGGAUUAAUGCACGCUUCCGAACAACACGGCUUCGAGGGCGAGGGAUUUUCAUACUUGAAGAGUCCCAUCUGGUGGGGAGGUGUCGUCACACUUGCUCUCGGAGAAAUCGCCAAUUUCGCCGCCUACGCAUUUGCGCCCGCGAUUCUAGUGACUCCGCUCGGAGCGUUGAGUGUUUUAAUCGGUGCGGUUUUGGGCUCAUAUUUCCUCGAUGAGCGGCUAGGAAAGUUAGGCAAAUUGGGCUGUGCCAUGUGCCUUCUCGGAUCCGUCGUCAUUGUCCUCCAUGCGCCCCCUGACAAGCCGGUUGAGCGCAUCGAUGAAAUCCUCGCAUUUGCUGUCAAAGCACCUUUCCUGCUAUACUGCCUAUUUGUCGCGAUUUUCUCAACCGUCAUGAUCUAUCGAAUCGCCCCGCUUUACGGAAAGCAGAACCCCCUCAUUUAUAUCUCAAUCUGUUCCACUGUUGGUUCGGUCUCCGUGAUGUCGAUGAAAGCCUUCGGAAUCGCGGUGAAAUUGACAUUCGGCGGUAACAAUCAGUUUGGAAAUGCAUCCACUUAUGUUUUCGCUAUUGUUACCGGCUUCUGCAUUCUCACCCAGUUGAACUACUUUAACAAGGCAUUGAACUCAUUUUCGACCUCAAUUGUGAACCCUCUAUACUACGUUACCUUCACGACCUUCACACUCUGCGCCUCGUUCAUUCUUUUCCAAGGAUUCAACACUACCGAUGCCGUCAACACCAUUUCCUUGCUCUGUGGCUUCUUGGUCAUCUUUACCGGGGUUUACCUGCUGAAUCUCUCCCGUCAUGAUCCUGAUGGUCAUGCUCUGGUUAAUUCUAAGCUUGACGAAGAGGGGGUCCCGACCGAUGGCAUUGCAAGCUUCCAAACUCGACGAUCCAUGCAAUCCCGCCGAAGCACCGAUCCCCACCGUCGGAGUUCCUCCAGCAUCUUCCUCAAUGGUCACGGUGAUCGGGAGGGUCUUAUACACUCGUACGACCUUGAGAACGGCUCUGGCAUUGGUUUGGAAGAUCUGGCAGAAGAUGACGGUGAACCUGGCCCGACCUUCUCGGCCGACCAACGAACAGUGAAGCACACUAAGCAAAACAGCCAAGUUUGA